GCCUAGCUUUUGCACAAGUGAUUUAUAUAGGCAAUGAGGGUCCACCCACUGGAGACUUGUAGUUUUCUUCUUUCUUGUUUUGCUUCUCAUUGCAGGCUGUUUUUAGUCAAACUGGGAGGCGUUUCAUUGUAUGCUUGCCUUAUUGAGGUACAUCAGAUAUAUUCUGCUAGACACUUGAAGAUAUAGACAUGGGUCCUUGGAUGCAUUGUUGGACUUUGCUAUGUUCUUGCUUUUUUGCUUCACACACUACUCACUCGUUCGUCUUGACCCAAUCACCGGGACUCACACACGUCUCAGUCGGUGGUUCUGUAGAAUUGAGAUGUAUAUUUGAGCAGACCGUUAGGUACUGCUUUAAUGCUGCUGCGUGGGAAAAGUUGAAUCUACGGACUGGAAAACUCACGGCAGUGAAUACUAACCAUGAGAAUAAAGUUCGACAACAUAAUGAUAAAACUUGCGUUUUGAUUCUUAACAACUUAACCAAGAAAGAUUCAGGCAUGUACUAUUGCAUUGGCCAUUAUAACCAAAUGGCUAUGAUCGGCAAUGGGACCAGGGUGAUCGUAACAGAUCACUCUGAACCAGAACUCUCCAUCUUAUUCUCACCACAUGAACCGGACUCACCAUCGGUAUCGCUGCAGUGUCUCGUGACUGGACUUGACCCGUCUCAGGUGCGCGUCUUCUGGAUGAUUGGAGAGAAUGUGCUUUCUGGAUGGACUGAGUCCGCCUGGACAGACGACACUGAUUCAGCCACAGAAUUCACACGGGCUCAUCUCUCUGUUUCUGCAGAGGACUGGAAUGAAGCUGAUGAAAUUCACUGCUUUGCUGAAUAUGAUGGCAAAAACAUCUCCGAAACACUGAUGGGAUACAAACCCGAACCUGAAAUCUUCUUGUGGCUUGUGUACGCCGGCUGUGUGGCAGCGCUCCUUACCAUACUUCUAACCGGUAUUAUGUCUGUGGGAUUAUAUCGAGUUUGA